AUGAAAUGAUGUCAUUUCGCGUUCGAUAAGGCUCGUGGGACGGAGAAAUUUUUCGCGGCUCAGUCAACACUCCACGCUCGGGCCGUCAGCAUUAACACUGCCCACCGGCUUCGUCUUCAAAUCGGUGGACAGUAAGUCAAAAGGACGAGAUGACCUCGCUUCGUCGUAUCCAGUGACCAUACUGACAAAGGAAUCGUGCCCUGUGUUUGUUCGCAUGUCUCAAAUUUAACCCAAAUCAACGCCAAAAAUGAUCUUUGAAAUCUUCAAAAAGGAGAACUUCAGCAAGUUCUUCGGCUAUAUGAGCAAAAAGAAGGAAUUUCGAUAUGAAGAGAAAGGCCCUUUGAAUAGAGUGCUGACAAUAUUAGAUCUAACGUUUCUCGGUAUAGGAUCUAUGCUCGGGAUGGGAGUUUACAUCAUGGUCGGCGAUCUUUCCAACACCGUCGGACCUGCUAUGUUACUCUCCUUUGUUGUGGCCGGUUUCGCUUGCAUACUUUCCGCGAUGUGCUAUGCAGAAUUCGCAGGCCGUACACCAGGCACUGGUUCGGCAUAUGCCUACUGCUACAUAACAGUCGGUGAAUUCACCGCAUUUAUCCUUGGAUGGAAUCUCUGCCUGGAAUUCGUCAUCGGAAGUGCCUGCCUAGGACGAGGAAUGAGCGGUUACAUCGAUUCGAUAUUCGACGGGCAGAUAAGCUCGAGUCUGAACUCCACGAUGCCGAUGAAUUUUACCAACUUGGCAGAAUACCCGGACUUUUUAUCUUUCGCGUUGAUCAUGCUAUUUACAGUCGUAGUCAUAUCGGGUGUGAAGGAGUCGACAACGAUCAACAAUAUAUUCGUGGUGAUCAACAUCAUCACCAUAUCCGUGCUGGUUGUGAUCGGUUUCAUGAGCGCCGACAUCGCCAAUUGGCGGUUGAAGCCAACCCCCCAAGGCGGAAAAGGAGGCUUCAUGCCAUUCGGAUUCUCAGGUUUGAUGAAAGGCGCGUCGAAAUGCUUUUACGCUUACACUGGGUUCGACACAGUAGCAACAACAGGAGGUGAAGCCAAGAAUCCGCAGCGCACCAUACCCAUAUCACUCUUGACAAGCAUACUUUGCGCUAUUGUCGUCUAUACAGCGAUUUCGGCGACUUUUUCUCUCAUGUAUCCAUACAACGAUCCUCUCCUUUCUAGCAAUGCCCCAUACCCUUACAUUCUGCAGAAGCUAGGGUGGCACAACGUCCAGUGGAUAGUCGUCACCGGAGCGGUAGCCGCUGUUACAGGAUGUUUGCUUUCUUCAGUUUUUGGGAUGGCCAGGAUCGUGUAUUCAAUAGCAGAAGACGGUCUCAUAUUUUCCUGGCUUGCAAAAAUCAACCCUCGUACCAAAACGCCGAUCAGAGCUACGAUCGUCUCCGGUAUUUUGACAGGGCUGAUAUCGCUGAUUUUCAACACGAGCCAGCUUCUAGACAUGACAGCACUCGGUACGCUCAUGGCCUACACGAUGGUCGGUGUAUGCAUCUUAAUAUUAAGAUAUGAAGACGGCAUCAUGGAAGACACACAACGGGACAAAUCUCUUCUCCAGAAGAUGUUCAACGUGCCGAAGACAAACGAGCCGGACACAACAUCGAGCAACGUGGUCAAAAUUAGCACGUACCUGGCCGUCGUUUUGUCUUUUCUUCUCGGCUCGGUUUUUGCGUUUCUCGAAGAAAGUUUGGUAGAAGAAGAAUCAUCAUCGAUAAUCUUGGCUAUUAUUUUCAGCUUGCUACUUGUACUUAUAAUCGUCGUUAUAACUAGACAGCCACAAUCGAAAAUGAAAUUAGUUUUUAAGGUUGCGCCUGUUCCUUUACUUCCUAUUGUCUGCAUAUUUAUUAAUGUUUAUUUAAUGUUGAAACUCCCUCCUGCGACAUGGCUCCGAUUUGUUGUAUGGUUGUUAAUGGGUUUGCUGGUGUAUUUCGCAUAUGGCAUUUGGAACAGUAAGGAGAGGAUACCUCAGGAGGAAAGAGAUAAAAAUCGAAAUGUUUUAACUUAUUAAAGUCAAUUUUUGUUUUUUUAAUAAAACUAUAAAAAUUUA